AUGACGCUCAACACUGCCCUUCAAUACCAGAGGGCCUUUGAAGCUUAUGAGAAUGAUUCCUCAUUGAGUGCUGACUUAUCUGAUUCUAUUCCAAAUUUUAUGGAUUGGCUUUCUGUGCAAAGCUUAGUCCAUUUUCUGAAAGGCUUCUAUGAGAUGACUGUGAGAAUAUCUGGUUCUUUCUAUGUCACUUCAAAUACUUUCUUUUCUGAGAUUUUUGACUUAGGUUGCAUGCUGGAUGACAUGGUUAACUCUGUUUCAACCUCUGAAAAGGAAAUGGGGUCCCAUAUGAAACAAAAAUUUGAAAAAUAUUGGGGAGAUCCUAAAAAAAUGAACUUCUUGAUAUUCUAUGCCAAUAUUUUGGAUCCUAGGGAUAAGAUUGAGUACAUGCCUGCCCAAUUUGCCCAGUUAUAUGGUGAUGAAAAAGGAAAAUCAUGCUUUGAAAAGGUUCAAUCUUCUAUGGUUCUGCUGUUUAAUGAUUAUACAGCCACCUACCAUGUCAAUGUGCAGUCUGCAUCCCCUACUGUGCAAUCUACGCAAUCUGAACCUAUCCAUUCUCAAACUUCAGUUGGAAAACCUCAGGCUAGAAUGAAAAGCCAGCUUAAAAAACAGAGAAUGGAGACUGGUGGAAGCAGUAAAGAAACUGAACUCCAGAUUUAUCUAAGUGAAAAAUUAGUGGAAGAUGAAGAAAAUGUGGACUUUGAUGUCCUAAGAUGGUGGAAGGUUAACAGUGAUAGAUUUCCUAUACUCUCUAGAAUGGCAAGGGAUGUGUUGGCUGUUCCCAUUUCAACUGUUUCCUCUGAGAGUGCAUUCAGUACUAGUGAAUUGUCCACUGGAGCUGCUGGUUCUUCACCAAGUACUGUUGGAACACUCCCAACAAUUGCUGAAGAUGAGGAAUGGAUGAAUGCUGAUUGCUGA